CAGCAAUAGAAGUCGUUUUGGUUGAAUACCUCCUCCGAAAAAGCCAGAGCAGGGAAAGAAGCAGUUGCGCAAAGUUCCGAUCUGAAGACGCAGCACGUAAAGGAAGACGAAGAUGACGAAGAAGAAGAAGGUUCCAUGGUUCUGGACUUGGGUCAUAGGUUCCGUCGUGUUCAGGCUCAUUCUCCUCUACUUUCCCAAAAACCUCAACCUCUCUUCUCGCCCUGAAGUCUCCACCCCCCUCACCAGCCUCCGCCGCCUGGCCGAGGGUUACUGGUUGAAGCAGUCGUCAGUUUCACCCUAUGCUGGAUCAAUGUACCAUGGUUCCCCUUUGUUAUUGACACUUCUCGGCCCGCUUACAGUUAAAAGAAUUGAAGGACAGCCUGAUCAUCUUUUAUGCAGUUUGGUUUUUGUUAUUGCAGAUGUGGUUAGUGCAAUGCUUAUUUGUGCUGCUGGUGAAAAACUCCAGGUGGCAUACAGUUCAAGCUUACAAUCACUCGGCCUUCGUGAUUUGUCAGAGAAUUCAGAGCGUCUUCCUUCAGGAGAUUUUGCUGCUCUUGUAUACUUAUGGAAUCCUUUCACAAUAGUUGCAUGCGUUGGUCUAUCCACAUCUGCAAUUGAGAAUUUGAUGGUUGUGUUAUCUCUUUAUGGAGCAUGUUCGCGACUAGCUCCGUUGGCUGCUUUUGGAUGGGUCAUGGCUACACACUUGUCUCUGUACCCUGCUAUCCUUAUUAUCCCAGUGAUAUUGUUAUUGGGAUAUGGUCCUGAUGCUCCUCCUAGGAAAUUAUUCUGGCAAAGGAAUAGGCUUGAAGUUGGCAAUUCCUCCUCAAGUGAUAGUUAUUCAGAAGAGAAAGCAAAGAAUCAGCUAAAGGUUGCGAAUGUAUUCUCAUGGAGGCCAGUUGUGUCUUUUCUGUUAUGGACUUUGCUUUGGUCAUCCUACAUCUUAGUCCUUUGUAGUAUUUAUGUCCAGCAGUAUGGCGGUCUACAGGAGUUAUUCAAAAGAACCUAUGGCUUCAUUCUUACAAUACAAGAUCUGUCUCCAAACAUUGGUGUUUUGUGGUACUUCUUUGCAGAAGUUUUCGAUUUUUUCAGAAAUUUCUUCCUGAUAGUAUUUCAUGGGAAUAUUCUGUUGAUGCUAGCACCAUUAGCCUUGCGGCUUAAUCACCGGCCAUGCUUUCUAGCUUUUGUAUACAUUGUGAUAUCUUCUAUUUUGAAAUCUUAUCCUUCAGUUGGUGAUUCAGCUCUAUAUUUGGGUUUACUUGGGUUAUUUGCUUAUGAACUCAAAGAUAUGCAGUUUUCAUUCUUCUUAUUAUCUGGUUAUGUUGGGGUUUCACUUCUUAGCCCUGUGAUGCACAAUUUAUGGAUAUGGAGGGGUACUGGUAAUGCAAAUUUUUACUUUGGAACUGCAAUUGCUUAUGCGUGCUUUCAGAUCAUUCUGGUGGUAGAGAGUGUCAGCGCCAUGCUUAAUCAUGACAGAACGCUGACAAAGCUAUGUACUGCAGCGGUUCAAAAUGUCAAAUCUUGAGAACUUGAACUAUGAUUCUAUGCAUCCAUGGUAUUCAUGAGCUUUUCACGUGAAUUAGUCUCGGUUCCAGGAACCAUUUUGGUGCUGUCCCCUUCAAUUACUUAUCAAAUAGCUGCAUUUAUUUGGAUGUAAGCAUUUUUCACCCUGAUUAGUAUCUGGACGCAAGACUCUGCAAUCUUGAUGCUGAAUGCCGGUUAAAAAGGAAAAACAAUCAUGGUUUUGUGUUGGGGUUCUUAGAGCUCUUAUGUUCUUGGUGUACCAUUCAGUAAGUUUCAAUGGCUUUGUUCUUCAAAAGCAACUAUAAUGCGGCACAUGAUUUUUUUAUUUUUAUUUUGUUCUAAAUUCAUGUUACUAUAAUGAAUGCACUUGUUGGUCGGAAUAUCUGGAGCGUGUCUAUCGGAAUGAACCAUAUGUACUGACACCAACAUUUCGAGCAUUUCUAACAUUAUCAUCUAUCUAGUGUGAUAUUAGUCAAGGUUUUUUGGUU